UCGGCUUCAAAUUGGUAGCCAUCUUUCAUGUUUUCAUAUGUUGUGGAGGUCAUACCGGCCGUAUAUUUGCUGAUACUCAUCAUUUUAUGUUAUGUAUAGUUGUGUAUCUCAAAGCAGGUGAUGAAAAAUGGCAGCAUCAAGGAAACUUCAAGGUGAGAUAGACCGGUGCCUGAAAAAGGUAACGGAGGGUGUGGAGACGUUCGAGGACAUCUGGACCAAGGUGACCCACGCCACCAACAGCAACCAGAAGGAGAAGUAUGAGGCCGACCUCAAGAAGGAGAUCAAGAAGCUGCAGCGGCUGCGAGACCAGAUCAAGACCUGGCAGGCGUCAGCCGAGGUCAAGGACAAGAGCAGCCUCAUCGAGCACCGGAAACUCAUUGAAACGCAAAUGGAGCGUUUCAAGGGUCUGGAGCGAGAGACCAAGACCAAGGCGUACUCCAAGGAGGGUCUCGGCGCCGCCACCAAGCUGGACCCGGUGCAGAAGGAGCGCGACGAGUGCACCCGGUGGCUUUCAAACAGCAUCGAGCAGCUGAACGUGCAGAUCGACCAGUUCGAGGCAGAGAUGGACAGUCUCACGGUGAAGAGGAAGCGCGACAAAGACAAGUCGGAGCGGCUGGACCAGCUCAAACACUGGAUAGAGAAGCACCGGUUCCACAUCAAGAAGCUAGAAACUCUGCUGAGGAUGCUGGAUAACAAUGCGGUCGACAUCGAGUCGGUGAAAAAGAUCCGCGACGACGUGGAGUACUACACCGAGUCAAACCAGGACCCGACGUUUGUGGAGAACGACUUCCUCUACGACGAUAUCAACAUGGACAGCCUCGAGGAGAUGUGGUCAGAUGUGGUGGGAGUGACGGACGGCACUACGCGGGGCGAGGAGUCGAGCGAGACGCCCACCAACUCCCUCCACUCGGGCUCCUCACCGUCGCCGCUCAACAACAACCACACGCCGGCCGCCGGCGACAGCCACGGCGACGACACGACCACCAGCUCCAAGAGCCGGGCCAACAGAAGGUCUGUGAGCAGAUCGGUAUCGGAAGACUCAACAACGCAGAAGGCGAAGCACGGCUCCGGCUCAGCGGCCAAGGCGUUACAAAACUCCUCCCAAACGUCGUCCAGUAAAGCGACAGCAGCGUCAUCGGCGGCGUCAUCGGCACCGUCAGCGCCGUCAGCGGGCUCGUCCCGGUCUCAGUCGACGCCGCUGGCGCCGGCGGUGGGGACCGGGCCGGCCGGCGGCACGGCGCCCAACUUUGCCGCCGUGGCGGCCGCCUCCCAACAGCCCACGGCAUCCUCAGUGCACAUCCUCACCACGACGACGCCGGCGUCGUCGUCGACCACCGUGUCGACCUCGGCGCCGUCGGCCGUCUCGGUACCGUCCUCUCCGGCGCCGGCUGCGACUUCCACCGCCGCCGCGCCGCCCGCCCAGCCGCCGCCGGCGGCGCCCAGUCCCGCGGCGGCGCGGCAGCCGGCCACCCCGGCGGCGCAGACUCCCUCCACGCCGCAGCCGCCGUCACAGCCGGCCCAAACGCCACAGACGGCCCAGGUCAACGGCGAAAAGCCGUCGGACCCGGCGGCGUUGAAGUCCCUCUCGCAGCAGCUGCAAGACAGGAGCUCACCAGCCGACAUCGGCAAAUCGACGGCGCCGACAAACGAGGCCAAUAUUCCCGUGUUGCUGAGUGUGGCGCCGCUGGGCAGGGUGCCCAUGACCAAGGAGCACGACUAUCAGUAUCAGAUGCUCCAGGCGGCGUUCUACCACAUGCCUCACCCGUCAGACUCGGAACGGCUGAGGUCAUAUCUGCCGCGGAACCCGUACCCCACGCCGCCCUACUACCCCCAGGUACCGCCACCUGGAAGCGAUUCCAUCGAGUUUUUUCUCAAGUUGUCAGUUGAGACCCUGUUCUUUAUCUUCUAUUAUAUGGAAGGUACGAAGGCGCAGUAUCUGGCAGCCAAGGCGCUCAAGAAGCAGUCGUGGAGGUUUCACACUAAGUACAUGAUGUGGUUCCAGAGGCACGAGGAGCCCAAGGUUAUCACCGACGAGUUUGAACAGGGCACAUACGUGUACUUCGACUUCGAAAAGUGGAGCCAGCGCAAGAAAGAGGGCUUCAAGUUCGAAUACAAAUUCCUUGAGGACAGGGACCUGAACUGAGCGAGACAGAGCGUAAACUGUGAGAGAGCCAGAGUAAACUGAGAUACAGAUGGUGCGCGCGCAUAUACAAAGAGCGCCGGGCGAGCCGCCGGCGCUCGCGCGCCUGUGCGACUCUCAGGGCGCCCGCCGCGCCGCCGCCGCCGCCUCCUCCGUCCGCGCGCCGCCGGCCGCCGGCCGCCGCGCGCCGCGCGCCGCUUUUGUUUGUGUUGUUACUAUUACCCACCCGGGCGCGGCGCGCGCGCGCGCGCGCGCGCGUGCGUGCGCUCCGGAGCUUUACAGUGAAGUGUGUCCCGCGCUGGGGACUGCAGCUGUGAUAUAUUUUGGCGGGCGCGCGGUGAGCCGGCGUCCGGCGCCGACCGGGGGGGAGCGGCGGUCCGUAGCGGACCGGCGGCGGAACGCUCAUCAGCACAGCCGCAUUUAUAAAUAAAACUUGUCCAUGUG